CUCGUCGGCCGCAACCAGCGAAGAAGAAUCUGUUUAGAGUGGAACAAACGGAUUUCGGCCACAACAUCAGCGUGAAACAAACUAACUGCUGCCUCUGCAAUUUAAACGUCCGCGCUCCCGACCUACGGAAUAUCACGCAUCACUAUCUAAUAUAGUCUCAUCCUCCACGGGGGGUUCUAACUGUCCGGAAAAACGAGCCCGGAAUGGCAGAAAACGCAGAACAAGACGAGGCGAAACACGACGGCUCAAUGUCCCCAGGAGUGACGGACCAAGAGAAAGAAAUGGCGACCAGAGCAUAUGAAGCUUUUUCGGCCGGCAAGUACGACGAGUCUCUCAAACACCUCGAGGCGCUGCAGGAGCUCAACAAAGAAGACUACAAGAUCGCCAUGAACAAAGCCGUUGUUGAGUUUUAUAAAAGCGACCAGUCGACAACAGGGACUCUGAAGCAGACACUAAUGACGAUAAAGAACCAGGUCCACACAUCGGCGGAAGACGUCGACGGAUUGGACGACGUCGAAAACAGUUUGCUUUACUAUAAUCAAGCCAUCAUCCACUAUCACAUGCGACAGUACUCUGAGGCCAUUGCCAUCGGAGAGAAGCUCUACCAAUUUCUGGAACCGUUUGAGAGGUUUGCUCAGGCCGUGUGCUUCCUGCUGGUGGACCUGUACCUGCUCACCUUCCAGCCGGAGAAGGCCCUCCACCUGCUGGCCGUGCUGGACAAACUCUCUGUGCAAGGCGGCAGCAGCAAGAAUGGCAAAGGAGAGGUACGGUACCUCGCUGACAGAACGAACAACAGUUCAAACAAAGACGGAGCCAACCAGAAAGCAGAAUUCAUGGCCAUGAUAGAGGCGGCCAAAUCAAAGAUGCACCAGUACAAAGUCAGAGCCUACAUUCAGAUGAAGUCUUCCAAGGCCUGUAAAAGGGAGAUCAAGUCGGUGAUGAACACAGCGGGGAACUCUGCGCCCUCACUCUUCCUCAAGAGUAACUUUGAGUACCUGCGAGGAAACUACCGCAAAGCAGUGAAGCUGCUGAACAGCUCCAACAUCGCGGAACAUCCCGGCCCCAUCAAGACAGGUGAAUGUGUUCGGUGUAUGUUCUGGAACAAUCUGGGCUGCAUUCACUUUGCGAUGGGGAAACACAACCUGGGCAUUUUCUACUUCAAGAAGGCACUGCAAGAGAACGACCACACCUGCGCACAGCUGGGAGACGGCAACAACGGCCAAGCUAAGAAGUUCACGGGGAUUCCGAUGUGCGCUCUACUUGCCAACAAGCGCUACGAGCUGCUCCACAACUGUGGCAUCCAGCUGCUGCACAUCGGCCGGCCUCUGGCGGCGUUCGAGUGUCUGAUGGAGGCGGUGCAGGUUUACCAUUCCAACCCUCGGCUGUGGCUGCGGCUCGCAGAAUGCUGCAUCGCCGCCAUCAAAGGGGGCUCGGAGCAGGAGAGUAAAGGUUUACCUUGUAAAAAAGGAAUCGUUCAGUCUAUCGUCGGGCAGGGUUACCACCGCAAGAUCGUGCUGGCGUCACAGUCGACCCAAAAUACCAUCUACAGUGAGGGCCAGUCGGCAGCGAUCCCAGUGGCCAGUAUGGAGUUUGCAGCCAUCUGCCUGAGGAACGCGUUGCUGCUGCUGCCUGAACACCAGCAGCCGGACGCCAAGACAGAGAACGGCUCCAAGAGCUUCAGUCAGUCGGCGAGCACAGAGAGUGGCAGCGAGAACAGUGACGCCUGCAGUGGGAAAGGUCCGGAGGCUGAUAAGUUCUUGUCUGCAGCUCCAUCGUCUCCUCUCAGAAAACAGGAGGUAGAAAAUCUCAGGUGCUCCAUCCUGGCCUGCAGCGCCUACGUGGCACUGGCAUUGGGAGACAACCUGAUGGCACUAAACCACGCUGAGAAGCUGCUCCAUCAAACUAAGGUGUCUGGAUCUCUUAAGUUCCUGGGUCAUCUCUACGCUGCUGAAGCCCUCAUCUCAUUGGACAGGAUCUCCGACGCCAUCGCUCACCUCAACCCAGAGAAUGUCAGCGACGUGUCGAUGGGCGUGCUGAGCAGCGAACAAGACCAAGGGUCUGAGAAAGGAGAUGAGCCUGUCGAGUCAUCAGGGAAGCAGACUCCCCUGUGUUACCCCAGCAGUGUGACGUCAGCACGGGCCAUGAUGCUCUUCAACCUGGGCAGUGCCUACUGCCUGAGGAGCGAGUACGACAAGGCCCGCAAGUGCCUGCAUCAGGCUGCAUCUAUGGUGAACACCAAGGAGAUUCCACCUGAAGCGAUCCUUCUGGGAGUCUACCUGGAGCUACAGAACGGAAACACCCAACUGGCUUUGCAGAUCAUCAAGAGGAACCAGCUGCUGCCCACGGCGGUGCAGAGGGUCUCGCCAGACUCGCGCAAGAAACAGGCUCCGUCCUUCCAACCGCCAUCAUCCUUCACACAGGUUCAACGCAAAUGAGCCUCCACACACACACACACACACACACUCACACUCACUCACACACACACACUCAGCAUCAGCAGCCGUAUGAAAUGCGGGUGCGGCCGCUGACUGCUGAGUGACGUGUCCAUGGACUGAGACAAGCCAAGCUUUUAUUUCCAUUUCACUACGGUAUCUGUGUGUUGUCUUGAACAAUGAAAAUAAAAUAAAUUUUAUUUACUAUA